AUGGCAGUGUCAGAGAGCAAGAAAGUGAAAAAACUUGCCGAUUCAUAUAAAUUGUUGUUAGAAUUGGUGAGGGAGUUAAUACCUAUACAGGGGAAACUUGGUAUAGAUAUCAAUCACAUUUUAGAAGCGAAACUUAGAAGGGAUAAAACCUCAUCAGAUAAACCAAUUAGAUUAUUUGAUUUGCUUUUAUGCUUAGAAGAUGAUAUAGUGACAAUUCAGGAAAAAAUCAGUAUUGUUGGUUAUUCUAAUCAAGAAAGGGCAGAAGAAGCUGAUGAAAAUACAAGAGCGUAUCUCCGAAAGUUUGAGAAAUUUCACGGUCCAUUAGAAGAUGAUCUAGGUGUGUUAAUAAAGAAAUUUGCUGACAUAGGGGUAAAAAAAUUUUGGCUUACUGGUGAGGACUGCUAUUAUUUCCAAAUGUCUCUCCUCAACAAUUGCAUAAAAUUUUUGGCAAAAAAUCAGCUAGCGUUAAUCAGUGCCUGUGUCUAG